AUGCUCAACGAUAAGGAAGGUGAAAAACUUUUGAAACGAACAAUUGUAGUAUUUGAACUGCCUUUCGUUGCUGAAGAAAAACAAAUUCGAGAAUUCUUUGAGAAAGUUAGUGGAGGAAUUAGUUCUAUUGAUGUGAUCAAAGCUAAUGCCCUCGUUUUCAGCUCUGCUGUGAUACAAUUUAACAAGGAAAAGGGAGCUGAAAAAGCUAUUGAAUUGGCUCGACAUGGUGUAGCUGUUGGUCAAUUUGAUGGAAUUGUUUGUACUGCUCAGGAUGUUAUUGAAGGAAAGAAACUCUCUAGGACAGCACCAAAGGAAGAAGGAAAAGCAAAUGCUGGUGGUUGUAAGAAUCAAUAA